AUGGCUGCCAGCUUUCGUGUUGCAGCACCAAAACUGACGGGAGGUGUACGUGCUGUGAAGUUUGCGAUAGUGUUGUUGGAUCAAUUUGCAGCGAUCCUGUUUCGUGCCUCACUUACUUGUGGAAAGUUCGCAGCAACGCAGGAGUCGAACGCCGUGUCGGAAGCUACCAUGCACACGCAUACCGCAGAUUCCGAGCACUUUCACGGGUCCGCAGCAAUCCAAAAUGCAUUGCUGGCCCGUUCCUCCAGAACCGCCGUGCGUGAGCACGCCAAUAUCUCGGUCGGAGAUCUCGAUGAGUCACUCGACUCCGUGGCGUCGGCGAAGUUGUUCGGUGGCAUCGUCGACGCCUAUGCAAGCGUUGCCGCUUCGCUUACUGACGCAGGCAUGGCAGUCGGCGAAAAGGUGGGCAACGUCGCCAUCGUGGUCGGGAAUCGAGUCAUCGAACCACCGAGAUUGACAUUGGACAUGGAUCAAAAUCUGGCAGACCAAGUCGGAAGGGAUGUCGCGACCCUCGGCACGAUAGCAGAGGACUCCGCAGAGAUUGCCGUCCAGCAAUCAAUCAACCUCGCAAAAACCACGCUGGAGCACGCGCAGAAGACAGCCGAGGAAGGAGCCAAGCUCGCGACAGCCGUCGGGAACUUCAUCGCAGACAGAGCAGUGGAAUUGGCAGAGGAGGUGAAGAAGUUCCUCGACUGUCUGAUGACGCCCGCCAACCUUUGCCACAUGCUGAUUGGGAACGACUGCGAUUGUGAUGCGGGAAGCUACGUCAGGCUGUACUCCAACCGCAUGGAAAUGCGGUGCAUCUUCCAGACUCAGUCCGAGUUUCGAAAAGGCUUUGGGUUCGACGGCAGUGGUGCGAUGACGUUUGGAAACCAGAUUGAACAGGCCAGCGAGGCAGCCGAUCAGGCCCUGAUGACCAGAGAUGAGGCCCUGAAGGAGUUGCAGGAGGAGAAGGAACCCAUUGAAGCCGAGUGCGAAACCGAGCUGACAGUGGCCGUCGUCGGUGUCGCGCAAUGGAGCCGGGGCCCAGAAGUUACAGCGAUCGUGGAGGAUAACGGCGACACAACGAUCACACUCACAGGAUCAGUUCGGGCCUCCCUGGACAUCAUCGUUACGGGCCAGGGCAGCUGCAGCUACACGCUCACAAAAGGCGUCCUGUUUUCUCUACAGAUGGUUGCAACACUGGUUGGAUCGGGUGUCCUCACCGGAACCAUCGAGAUGUCGCACGACGCAGAGUUUGAUAUAAGCGCCACGGUCACUGCCAAGAAGAACGGCGAGGCCACUGUGGAAGUUUCAAACGGGCGCAUCACGCACAAGGAAUCUGUCGCGAUGGUGGCGAGCGCAGAGGCAUCGUUGACUCUCAGCUUCGGGCCAGAGCUCGUCGUGUGGCCUAUGCCUGGCAUUCCGAUUACUUUUGCGCCUAAGAUCAAUGCUGAAGCCAGCGCGAUUGGGAGCAUCGGGUACACUCCAGCCGUCAGUGUGUACACGGACUUUGAAAUCGACGGCUUCGGUCUCCCGGAGUGGUUGAAGGAUCUAAUGAAUGACGACUUUCUCAUGCAGAAGAUCCGGGACGCCAUGGUAAGAGGUGGAGAAGCCCUGCUCGAACAACAACUGAGGGGCAGCUGCUGGCCCAGCAAUCCACUCGAUGAGACGAUCCGGAAAGCAGUCCGGAAAGCGGCCCGGGAUGCAGGUGACCUUCUCGCCAAUCUUAUCCCCGAACUGGGCCUCAAGUGGGACUUCCAGCCGAUUUCCUUGCUGAAGCCGCUGAAGCUCUUCUGCAAGGAGGUUUGGUCGACACCGGAGAAUCUGGCGGAGGCCCCCUGCGCCGCAGAGCUCGGGUGUGAGGCCGCCGGCCGAGACCCACCGGAUGAGUCCGAGGUCGAGGUGGUGCCGCCGGAACAAGUCUCCUCGCCGGCUAUAAGCCAAGAAGAGAAUGCCCCUGGAUGCCCCUCCAUCAUUCCGAAAAUGGGGGACCGCUUCAUUGAGCUGGGCGACUUUCGCAUUGCUGAGUCGGUGGACAACGGUGAAGACCUCCUGGCGAUCUCGCACAAGGACCUUUCACACUCCA